CGUUUCUUCCAUUUCCGUUUCAAAGUUUUCCAGAUUAUAAAUUUCAGAGUAUAUUUUAAUCGACACUUAAAUCAGUUAUUUUAGUGUAUACUUUUUUUUUUUUACAGUCGGUAUCAAUUGUGUAUUUCACAUGAUACCGACCUCCGUUUCGCGCUUGUAACAUCGCUGACAAAUAUGCUGGCUAGCGAGCUUUGUAAUGCUACAACAUUGUAGCGCUAUGCUACGCGUAUAAAGUGCAUUAGUACUGAUAUAUACAUAUAUAUAUAUACACGAAGUGUUUGCAUUCAAGGGAGUUAAAUUGAUCAAGUUGAUGUCAUGAUUUAUAAACUAAUGGCCCACCGCAAGGCCUAUGCUUUGGAGAGGCCUCGCCCUGGAGUUAGUACUUCAGCGCACACAACUCUCUGCCGCCCAAUGAGAAACCGAGGCACCCUCAACUCUAUUCAUCAAAACUUCUUUUCCUCAGAAUAGGUUUAAUCUUGGUGUACAGCAAUGUCUAAAAGCGAGACCGAGGAGAUGAUAGAGAUCGAGAUCGAUGGACAGGAGAAACAGGAGUGUCUGGAGGAGGGGGUUGAGGAGCAGACCAUCACAUCAGCCGAUCUGAUCCAACAGGACAUCGACAUCAAUGAGCCAAUCGGUAACCUGAAGAAGCUCCUGGAGCCCCGUAUCCAGAUGUCUUUGGACGGAUAUGAGAUCUGUCUACAGGACAUCCAGCUGCAUCCAGACCACAGCCUCUUUGAUCAGGGAGUGAAGACAGAUGGCACAGUGCAACUCAGCCUACAGAUCAUCACCAAGCCAGGCGAGGAGAAGCUGAACAUCCUGGAGAUCGUGAAGCCGGUGGAGACGGUGGAGGUGGUGAUCGACCCAGAUGCAGCGGGGGAGGAGGGCACCCUGAUGGAGGAGGGCCAGCUGAUCGCGGUGGAGCGCUCCUCCCUGUCAGACGACACGUCGGAGCAGGUGACCCGCUGGGCCGCCGCACUGGAGGGCUACCGCAAGGAGCAGGUCCGCCUGGGGAUACCCUACGACCCAGUAGAGUGGACGGCGGACCAGGUGAUCCACUGGGCCGUGUGGGUGAUGAAGGAGUUCAGCAUUGACGAGAUGGAGGUGGGAGGGAUUCACAUCCUGGGUCGCGACCUCUGCACCUUCACCCAGGAUGAGUUCCUGCAGAGGGUCCCCAGUGGAGAGAUCCUCUGGAGCCACCUGGAGCUGCUUCGCAAGUAUGUGUUGGCCAGUCAGGACCAGUCUGGCCAGGAGGCCACAGUCACCAUUGACCAACAGGUCCAGAUCAUCCCGGCCGCUGUGCAGACCACACCCACCACCAUCAAGGUGCUGAAGCAGAGCCGCGGCCCCAAAACACCCCGCAUCUCCGGAGGAGAGGAACGCAGCUCACCUGGCAACCGCACAGGUAACAAUGGUCAGAUCCAGCUGUGGCAGUUCCUUUUGGAGCUGUUGACUGAUAAGGACGCUAGAGACUGUAUAUCCUGGGUGGGAGAGGAGGGGGAGUUCAAACUCAACCAGCCUGAACUGGUGGCCCAGAAAUGGGGCCACCGCAAGAACAAGCCCACCAUGAACUACGAGAAACUCAGCAGAGCGCUCCGGUAUUACUAUGACGGGGACAUGAUCAGCAAAGUACAGGGCAAGCGCUUCGUCUACAAGUUUGUGUGUGACCUGAGGACUCUGAUUGGCUACAGCGCUGCCGAGCUCAACAACCUGGUGACGGAGUGUGAGCAGAAGAAGCUGGCCCGCAUUCAGCUGCACGGAAUUGGCCAGCCCAUCACCACUGUGUACACCUCCACACAGGACAGCUGAGGGGGGAGGAGCCUGGGGCUCUCUAAGGGUAGAAGUUGCCCAUAGGCACAGAUCUAGGUUCAGACUACUAUGACCAGCCCUAAGCUUAACCAUUAGGAGGUGGAAAUGAUAAACUGACCUUAAAACAGUGUCUAUGGGCAACUUCAUCCUACUCCUUUGGGUUUGAUUGGAGAAGGGGCUGAGGCAGGAUGGGGAGGUUGUUUUCCUAUUUUAUUUUAACCAGGUCGGGGAGGGAGAGUGUCUGUGUAUGUGUGCAUGAGCGUUUGAGUGGAGUGUGUGUGCGUAUGUUUGAAAAUGAAAUAUGAGCUUUGCAUUUUUUUUGUUCCUUUAUCUGUAGCUUAGUAUCGUUUCCAUUGUAUAUACCGGUACUCAAUGUUUUUGAUAGCCACAAGGACAGUGUAUUUUCAUAUUUUCCAUUUAUAAAGGAUCUGUUUUGUAUUUUAUUUUGAGUGUGUUUCCCUGAUGAGCUGGACCUUUUCUGUCCUCCAGGGGGAAUAAAGUGGCAAGUGUUUUCCUAA